UGAUGGCAUGAGAAAGGCUUGAGCUUGUAACUUUCAAAUAAGAAUAAAACCAGGCCCAAAAACCCGGACUCAUCCCCAUCUCAGCGCCAAUUUUCCAGGCUCGCCGCUUGCGUCUGGGCUCUCCUUAUGAGGGCAAAUCUUUUGCGAACAAACAAAGGAUGUUCUUCUACGGUAGACUCAAAAAUCCAUGUUGCGUUUCAGUCACCUAGCAAAAUGUUGUUGAGACCAAUCAUCAAACACCUUCCCUGCAUCUACUCCCUCGCUCUCCCUCGCUCUUUUGCUUCACUCUCCACUUCCCAAAUCCAAAACCAUCGUACCCAACACCUACAAGAUCCGUACACUCUCCUCAAGCAAGACCCUAUCGAAAUUCUUCUUUCUCUCUGGGUCAAAACAUUCUCUUCACCGCUCUCUUUUUCCUUUCGAAACCUCUCAGGCUUCCUCUCCAAAUUCGAUCUCUGGCUUCUCGCUUACCAAAGAGCUUGCGCUCACGUGACUGGCACGUUCCCUCCUCGUAAUGCAAUUCACUAUCACACUCUUCAGUCUCUCCUGUCUCUUCAACGAUCCGUGCUUCGCUCAUCCUUCAAAUGGCAUCACAAAACUCACCAACUUAUCCGGAGUCCUAACGACGCCCCGUUUACGAAACCCAUCUCGAAAACGAAACUUAGAGCUAUUCUGGAGUCGGAGGAGCCAUGUUUUCAGGACCGGGUGGUGCAGGAGGUCUUGCUUAUGGUGCUUGAACCGGUUUUUGAGCCCCGAUUUUCGCGGAAGUCUCAUGCGUUUCGGCCAGGAAGAAAUGCUCAUACGGUUAUAAGAACUAUUAGGAGUAACUUUGCUGGUUACUUGUGGUUUUUGAGAGGUGAUUUAACUGAGCUUCUAACUUACGUUCCAUCCGAUGUUAUUUUAAGUUGUGUUGAAAAGGCUGUCAAAGAUAAGAAAAUCUUGAGUUUAAUCAAACUGGGACUUCAAGAAUCUGAUAAUUAUCGAAUUAGGCGUGAUGAUAGUAAUGAAGAUUUGCAUAAGAAGAAGAAGAAGAAAAAGGGUGCUACGAAGAAGAAGAUUUUGAAAGACAAUGAGCCGAAACCAGACCCGUAUUGGUUAAGAACGUUUUUUAAUUUUGCACCAGAGGAGGCAGCUAAGGUACCCUCUUAUGGUCGUUGUGGGAUUUUGAGUCCUUUACUUGCUAAUGUGUGCCUUAAUGAAUUGGAUCAAAUGAUGGAGGAAAAAAUACUUGAGUUUUUUCGGCCUAAUAAGCUUGAUUCAAUAUGGAAAGAUUCAAUUAAUGAUGGUUGUCAUAACCCUGCUUGGCCAGAGUUUGUUCCAUCAAGUGGCAAAGAGAAGACACGGAAAAUGGAUUAUAUUCGAUAUGGGGGUCAUUUUCUUAUUGGUAUUCGAGGUCCCAGAGAGGAUGCUGUGGUAAUCAGAAAUGAAAUAAUUGAGUUCUGUGAGAGAAAUUUUGGGAUAAGAUUGGAUAAUACAAAGGUGGAGAUUGAACAUAUAGCUAGGGGAAUUCAGUUUUUGGAUCAUAUAAUUUGCAGGAGAGUGAUACACCCUACACUUAGGUACACAGGGAGUGGGGGCAAAAUUGUGAGUGAGAAGGGUGUGGGAACUUUGCUUUCAGUUACUGCUAGUUUACAGCAAUGUAUUCGCCGAUUUAGGUUGCUUCAGUUGGUCAAGGGUGAUAAGGAUCCUGAGCCGUUGCCUUGUAAUCCUAUGCUUUACUCAAGUCAAGCUCAUAGUAAUUCGCAGAUGAAUAAGUUUCUUGAAACAAUGGCUGAUUGGUAUCGAUUUGCUGAUAAUAGAAGGAAAAUUGUUGGGUUUUGUGCUUAUGUGAUACGUAGUUCUUUGGCUAAACUUUAUGCUGCAAGGUAUAGACUGAAAUCUCGUGCCAAAGUCUACAAGAUAGCUUCUCGUGAUCUUAGCCAUCCACUGAGGGAGAGCAGUAACAAUUCUGCACCUGAGUAUUCUGAUCUUUUGAGGAUGGGACUUGUUGAUGCAAUUGAAGGUGUUCAGUUCUCACACAUGUCAUUAAUUCCUUCAUGCGAUUACACACCAUUCCCUAGGAACUGGAUCCCAGAUCAUGAGCGAAUAUUGCAUGAGUAUAUCAGACUAGAAGACCCAAAAUUCUUUUGUGACUUGUGUAAGUCAAUAAAACGUGAUGGCCUAAGCUUGCCUCAAGAUGAGAUAUCCGAAAUUGUGUGGGAUUAUAAGACACUUGGAGUCUGGAGAUAUCAGUCUAGUGAUGAUAAAGUAUUAAAAGAUGAUUCAGAAAAAAUAGAAGGGGCACUUUGUAUUCUUUGAGGACUGUUAUGAUUUCUGGAGUCAAACUUCAUGGAUUAUCAACCAUGAUAGAAGCUUGUGUUGGCCAUUCUCCUGACAAGAAUACUAUCUUGGUAGGUAGCUAACUACACUGAGUGUUCAGCAUUUAGUUAAUGGAUUGAAUACUGUGAUAUCUGCUCAGUUUAAAUGAAGAUGUUGAUAUGGGAGACUGGCCAAACUAGACAAAAUUUUGAGAUAACUAUUUAUGUAUUAAAUGCUAAAACAAGUGGCAGAAUUGAUGAUGUGGGAUAGAAAAUUCCCCAAAAUGUUCUGUCAGGUGUUACAAAUUAACUUGAAGAAUCUUUGGGAUGAGAUUUCUAUGUUUGAAGCAGAUAAUCAGACACAGAAAAGUACAAAUUGACAAUUGUAAGGAGCUAACAAAAGAAGCCUGGGUUUAAGUUCUAUGUUGAUUUGAUGAAAAUUCUCAAAUAAGUCUUUAUUUGUAGACACAUAAAGAUCAAUGUAAAAUUAUUGUUUUUUUCCACACUUGGUAUCAAUGAACUUGACACGCACAAUUCUUUAAGAUGACACUCAUGUCUAAGGGUAUAGAGUAGGAAACCAAGAAGAAAUUGAUAUUCACUGGGGACUGCUAAUUUUCUUCCAAGAGAGGAGCAUGAAGAUGGAGCUCAACCUCUCUGAGUUCUAUGGAGACUACUCCAAAUAUCCUUAACUAGAUAAGAAGCUCAACCGCCCAUAACCAAAUUGAUAUCCUGUGUAGGUCUGGUGAUGGAAGGACACAACCCUGUCAAGAUUUCUGAAUUGUACAUAUCAGCUUACACAAUGAUUUGUCAGAAGUUUGUUUUGUUCAUUAGGGUCGGCAGUUGAUUCACAUUGAUAUCUUAUUUAUGUAUUGGAAUUUUCAUCACUGUAUUCUAUAUCUUUUGCAAUGGAUCAGUGUUGAAGGUAUUUCUUUGUCGUUAAUUUUUCAUUUCCAGUUGAAUGUUUAGAAUAACCCAAGCUCAGCUUCUAACUCCAUCUUCCUCUAAUGCAUAUAAUCUGAUUGUCAGAUCAGUUAUUGCAGGUUUAGAUUGUUACACCCUUAUUUCUCCCCUGCAAUAUAAUGAAGAAUCCGGUCUUAUGCAGUACUUGAAACCGCAAAUUUUCCCCAUACUCUUGUCUAAUGGAUGCUUUAAGAUUCUGGAAGAUAAUAUUGGAUAAGGCAACACAAGAAAGGAUACUCUGUAUAUUGGUUAAUUAGUAAAAAGAUGUCAUGCCUGUAAUUGUGAGUCAACUAGGUUGGAUUUUAAUUAGUUGAUGCUUUAUAGGUGCUGUUAAAUAAGGUAAACUAUCAGAUAUCUUUGAAUCUGAUUAAAUCUCACUUAUUACAGCUGGUCUUAACAUUACAAUUCCUCUUUCCUUUUUUAUUUUUUUUUUUGGUUUUUCAGUUCUCUUACAAAUACUUUAGCCAACAAAACUGCUAGGAGUUUCAGUACCGUGUAAGUUUUAUGCUAAAUUUAUUUUCUUCUGACACUUGGUUGCAUAUUUCAGGUUUUACUUCUCCUGGCCAAGAACCUUAUUCUCUUCCAGCUCAAAUGCAGAAGUAGGUAACAUACGACACAUGCCAUUGGGGACCUGAAACUUGAUCUUUCCUGAAGAAGGAUCGUUGAUGACUAUAUCAGAGAUGUUGACCCAAAGUAACAGUUCCUUAGUCCUAACACCAGUUAUAUUUCUCAAGCGAUGUUUCUCAAAAAAUGCUGCAACUUCAACAUCAUAGGAGAUAGUCUUGUUAAUGCGCUUAAAUUUGUACUGCACUUGCUUCUUAUGCUUGGCCCAAACAAAUCCAGAGGAUCUGUUACAGCCAAUUUCUACAACAGCUGUUGGAAAGAGGCCCUUAGGAAGACAUAUUUCCUCAAGCAGUUCACCAACUUUUUGCCUGCAGAGAGCUUCACCAUGCCUAAAUCCCAGGAGGCAACAGGGGUAGUUUGUUACUGCAUGCAUCAUGCAUGCACAAGGAGGUUGAGAAGCUGAAUGAUAUGGUCCAGUAAAAUGAGCUAUAAUGCAACAGUGAUUGUGUUAUUGGAAGAUAAAAAAAAAUCAAAGGCGAAAACUUAUGAGACACAUCUACCCAGCUUUCUCUCCAGGUAAUUUGGAUAAUCUAACUGCUGGACUUUAUGCAUCAUCUGAAAGAGAUGUAAAUAUUAUUCUGCAUUAUGGCAUAUGUGGGAGUUUGCAACAGUUCAGGUAACUGCUUUAGUGUUGGGUUAACAUUUUUCUUAGCUCUCAACCAUUGUAUUUUAAUUUAAUGGAUGAUGAUGUACUCUAGUCUAGCACAUCCUUGUGGCAUUAUUCCUUCAUCUGUUUGUGAACCCAUAAAGUUAGUUUCUCUCUCUCAUUUAUUAUCUUGAUGCCGGUAUAUCUUUCGUGC